GAUGUGUAGUUACAAAUUGCAAAAGAGACAGCGACAGACAGGUAAAGAGCAGACCGAGAGGCAGUAGCCUAGCCCAUGGAGAAGAAGCUAUCCUCAGUUGCAAGGACAUUCACUCCAUCACCGAUCCAAGAACUUUCCCACUUAGCUCAAAGAUGCAACGCUAUCAACCUCGCCGAAGGCUUCCCGGACUUUCCCGCUCCAGCUCACCUCAAAAACGCUGCGGUUUCCGCCAUCAAUUCCGACUUCAACCAGUACAGGCACGUGCAAGGAAUUUGUGACCACUUGGCGGGAAUUAUGAAGGAAAUGCAUGGUUUAGAUGUUGACCCUCAAACUGAUAUAGCCAUCUGCUGUGGCCAAACUGAAGCAUUUGCAGCCGCAAUCUUUGCUGUUAUAGACCCGGGAGAUGAAGUUGUGCUGUUUGAUCCUUCAUAUGAAACUUAUGAGGCCUGCAUUAGAAUGGCUGGAGGCGUUCCUGUAUUUGUAGCUCUUGAUCCUCCGUACUGGACUUUGGAUGCAAGCAAAUUAAUGGAAUCUUUUACUGACAGAACGAAAGCAAUUGUACUAAACAGUCCUCAGAAUCCAACUGGAAAAGUUUUCUCCAAAGUCGAGCUUGAGACCAUUGCCGGGGCAUGCUGCAGAAGGGAUUUCCUAGCUAUAACUGAUGAAGUUUAUGAGCAUAUAACAUAUGACAACAUAAGACAUAUGCCCCUUGCCUCACUUCCGGGAAUGCAAGAGCGGACCAUCAUCACUUCGUCCCUAUCAAAAACUUUUAGUGUCACAGGAUGGAGGGUCGGAUGGGCAAUUGCUCCAGCUUUCUUUGCAUCUGCAAUCAGAAACAUUCAUGUAAAAAUCACAGAUUCUGCUCCAGCACCUUUCCAAGAAGCAGCCUUGACUGCUUUAAGAAGUCCCCCUGAAUAUUUCGAAUCACUGAGAGAAGAUUAUGAAUCAAAACGAGAUUACGUUGUGAAGUUGCUUUCUGGUGUUGGUUUUCAAAUUCAGUUUAAGCCUCAGGGUUCAUUCUUUCUAUUUGCUGAGCUUCCUGAAAUUUCCACACUUUCUGAUGUAGAAUUUGUUAAGAAGUUAAUAGAACAGGCAGGGGUGGUUGCUGUACCAGGUCGUGGAUUCUUUCACACAGAUUUACCAGUGAAGAGUUCAUCUCAGGCAAAUUUUAACUAUCAGAAGAGAUACGUCAGGUUUGCUUUCUGCAAAAGCAGGGCUACAUUGGCCGCUGCAGCGCAAAACCUAGGUAAGCUUCAGAUGUUAUAGGGUGUUCCAGGUUGUCUGAACUUGGUUAGAAUAAAUAUGUAAUGGUCAAUUAUUCAAAAUGGAUAUGAUACUGUAAUUGAACUAUCAUGAAAGUCAAUGCUGCGAUAUAUUGGAUUCUA